AUGCCGGAUAUUUUUCGACAAGAUGAACAGUUUAGAUGCUGUAUGUACCUUCACGUACGUACAGGGACUGUCAUAUUGGGCCUUCUCCACAUAUUAUUGCAGUUGGUGGUGGUUUCUACUCUACUUAUGGCGGCUUUGAAACAUGAUGUAGCUACCCUUAAGUCUUUCGAUACCGUAGCUACUACCAAUUGUCAGCCGCGAAGUCCACCGACAGACAUUUUCUAUAUGCUUAUGCACGUCAUACCCGGAUUUACAAUAUUUCACCAGUCUCAUUCGGAUUUUACUGGACGUUUCCGUACUGAAAAUAUAUCACAUAGAGCAAUUUUUGAAGCAUCUCAAGAUUCUACUAAGCCAGGCCGACUAUUUAAUCUCCUCAUUGGAGGUAGCAAUGAUUCACCAAAGGAUGCUAAAGUAGAUGGGGCUGCAUCACAAGGAGAUGUUGAAUCAACUCCGAAGAACGAAGCUGUUAAAAUCACUACACCGAAGUCUUCGUCGGUGCCUCGGUGUGUGGACCGACGGACAAACACUUACUUCUCUCUCUGUCUCGCUCUCAUCUCUCUUGCUUUCGGUUACCUGCUCGUUCACGGUGUUAUUUCCCGUCAGCCUGCUCAUUUACUCCCAUUUUUUUGUCUACAAGUCUUCGAUUUCGUUGUUGCUCUAAUCUGCAUGUUGGGGUACAUGUCGUCAGCCUCGGACAUUAGCCAUUGGCUCAGAUUUAAAAUUGCAAGUCAGGAAGGCGUGUCGACCUCCUCAGUUCACUUGAACUCGACCUCGGUGUCGCUGAUCCUCAUUUCCACCUCCUGCCUCAUUCUUGCUUUCAAGGCAUACUGCAUUGGUAUGGUAUGGGACUGCCACCGUUACCUCCUAAUCACGAACCGCCAUGGUCUUUUGCCUGACUUCUCACUCUCUGGUAUUCCACGCUUUUCCCUUGCUCCCUUUUUUGGCCGGCGGCCCCUCCUCCUUAUUCGACGAAAUCGUGGUGACAGUAACGGUCUCUCUGGUGGUAGAGGUGGCGACGGAGGUCUGCCCGAUCUCACCUCUGUCGAUGGUACUGCUGGAGUGUUUGUCGAUGCUGUACCUGCAGAACCACCCAAAGACUCUGCCUUACCAAAGUAUGAGGUGAGGUUUUACGUCGAUUUAUCACGUUAG